AUGGCGUACUUUAUUGAAGAAGAAGUAUGGAAAUGUCCAAAACACCCUUCGAAGAAAUGCAGACCUGGAGUAUGUUCAAUUUGCCUCCGCAAUCGACUUUCCGCUCUUUGCCCUCACUGCGUUAACGUGCGCCCUUGUUCUUGUAUAAUCGGCGCCGGCGGAGGAUGCGACAGCGAGCCGGCGUUCUGUAGAUCAAAAUCCGUCGGAAUUCCAUUCAUUAAAUCGCGAAACAGUAAUUCCAGUGACCCGAAUAACCCGCCGGCGAGUGAGAAGAGUACUAAAAUAGCGUCGUUUUGGUGGAUUUUUAAGUCUAGCAAGAGAAUUAUUGGAUAA